GCGCCGUCUUUGUCUGUCUUCCAACUUGCAGGAGCUUUCCACUUCUAAAAUCUAUUAGCGUAAAGCCAUAUUCAAGAUGCAGAACGAUGAGGGACAAAACAUGGACCUUUACAUCCCGAGGAAGUGCUCUGCCACUAACAGGCUGAUCACUUCCAAGGAUCAUGCAUCUGUUCAGCUCAACGUUGGCCAUUUAGAUGAGUCUGGCCGAUACACUGGCCAGUUCACCACUUAUGCACUAUGUGGAUUUAUUCGUGCCCAGGGAGACGCCGAUAGUGCUCUUGAUAGGCUCUGGCAAAAGAAAAAAGCUGAAGUUGGACAACAAUGAGAGUUUUCUAUUUGCUUUUAUUUAUGCUGAAGUGUAUACACUACCUUUCUCUUUCUCUCUUCGAUCUUCUUUCCAGUUUCUCCCCAUGCAACCUUCGUCUUUUCAUUUCCUGGAACUGAGCAUAAUGUGAGUUAUUUGUUUCUAAACUUUCGUGAGAUUGAACAUGGACUGAAGGCAAUAAAAAUCUUAUUAUUUUUCUCACUGCAUA